AUGGAAGGCCUCAGUAACAGCCACCCGCUAGUCUGGAUCGAUUGCGAGAUGACCGGACUGGACAUCGAAAAAGACGUUAUAAUCGAGAUAUUCUGCAUAAUAACAAACGGGAACUUAGAGGUGAUUGACGAGAAGGGAUGGGGGGCAGUAAUACACCAGUCGAAGGAGACGAUGGACAGAAUGGACGAAUGGUGUACUCGAACUCACGGGGAGAGCGGUCUGACCGCAGCGGUCCUCGCAUCCCAAACGACUCCUGAACAAGCAGCGACCGACCUCCUCGAAUACAUCAAAAAGUUCGUGCCGGAGCGCCAGCGCGCCCUCCUAUCAGGAAACUCGAUACAUGCCGACAAGGCGUUCCUCCGUCAAGAGCCCUACAAGAAAGUCAUCGACCACCUCCAUUAUAGAUUGUUCGAUGUUAGUACCAUGAAGGAGGCUCUGAAGCGCUGGGGGUCUUUGGACACUCUUCUGGGAGUUCCUCAGAAGAACAAUGCACAUACUGCGAAGCAAGAUAUACUAGAAAGUAUUGCGGAGGCUAGAUAUUAUAAAGAGGUCGUGUUCCAGGGAAAGAAGUGA